UUCGUUGUCGCCCAAAUUUCCCAUCUCUAUUCAGUAUGGUAUCCUCGAGUAGCCACCCCGGUUUCCUUGACCUUCGAGAACGAGCUCUUGGGAGACACCCUUGGAGAUCCAUAGUGGCGCCAGAUCAAUGCGUCGGUCGCCACUGGAGCCAGAACAUAUCUGACGUUGGCCUGUCGGGAGCAGGCUGGGUCGGACCAUUGUGCCCCGGGUCACGCAAGUUCAUUUAUCCGGAUGCCGGAUACGAGGCAGCAAUGGCGAGAUUUGGGUUGACGACCAAGUUGCUUUGCUUUGCCCGACCUCUGCGAUGGAGCUCCCUCUCGAAGUUGCCGUCAUGCGGAAGCGGCUCAACCUGCUGCUGCUCGUCAAUGGCGCGAUUGCAGUCUUGACGACGAUAGCGACGCUCUUUGAGCUCGCGCGCACGGGCGGCAUCACGUCGCUCUUGACGAGCGCCACGUACAUUUUGUACACGUUCUCGGCCAUCUUUAUGCUCAACAACAACCCGUCAGCCUUUACGAUUGGCAUGCUCAUCGGCUCGUCCGGGCUCGUAGUCAUUCUCGCGUUCGAGCACAUGCUCUACUGGACGAUAUCGUCGUGCCGCCAUGGCUACGCAGCCGACAUCUUCCUCUCGCUCUUCCACUGCAUCUUCUUCCUCCUCUCGGCGCUCUUCUCCUUUACCGUCUUCAAGCACCGCCAUGUACUCAUCGAUACGAGCGCAGUGUACUAUGAUACUAUUCCCGAAGGCAUGACGCCCCGCUCGCCUGGCGCGCUCGACUACGACGAGGAAGACGCGCGCGGUCGGCUCUCGUCGAACGCGUCGUCGUACGACUCGCACGGGUCGCUGCCGUCGCCGUCCGUGCCGACCGCCGACAUUUGAAUCCAUUUAAAAAGCGACCGAAGCUUUUUUCAUGCUUUUUAUUCGCGCUGCAAAAGCAUCUCCAUCGUACUGUGGACCCAUGGACCUCGAAACGACGCGUCAGUGGCCGACGCCGGCUUGUCCGUCCCGAGUGUCA